AAAGUCCAUUCAUCAGUCAGCCGAAGAAGAGAAGCUGAGCGAGCUGACAGCAGAGCAGAGAGCAAAAACAGAUAGAUGCGUUAGCUAUUAUUACUGAAUUAUCCACACUGUCUUACAUAUUUUACCGAAUUCACAGCCAUGGAGUUGUCUGAAAUACUGUACAACAAAGCGGAGUACAUUGAGACGGCUUCUGGCAACAAAGUGAGCAGACAGUCAGUGCUGUGUGGGAGUCAAAACAUCGUCCUCAAUGGCAAAACUAUAGUCAUGAAUGACUGCAUUAUCAGAGGCGACCUGGCUAAUGUCAGGGUGGGCAGACACUGUGUGGUGAAGAGCAGAAGCGUCAUUAGACCACCUUUCAAAAAGUUCAGCAAAGGGGUGGCCUUCUUCCCGCUGCACAUCGGAGAUCAUGUCUUCAUCGAGGAGGACUGUGUGGUCAACGCAGCACAGAUUGGUUCCUAUGUCCACAUCGGCAAGAACUGUGUCAUAGGUCGUCGCUGUGUGCUGAAGGACUGUUGCAAGAUCCUAGACAACACCGUGCUCCCCCCAGAGACCGUGGUGCCACCUUUUACUGUCUUCUCUGGAUGCCCAGGUCUGUUUUCAGGGGAGCUCCCAGAGUGCACGCAGGACCUGAUGAUCGAUGUAACCAAGAGCUACUAUCAGAAAUUCCUGCCUCUCAGCCAGAUCUGAGUCCUGCCCCAAAACCUUUGGUAGGAUCCAUGCGCCCUCCAGCCAGUUCCUGGUCCGGGACGGGGGUUACUCAUCAGACUGAAACAAACUCUGGAGCUCACCUUAUAUCCCUCUGCUCUCAGAGACCCUGAGUUUCUCUGCCCAAAGAAAAAAAAACAUUUGGUCCUUUUAGGAGCACUAAUAUGAUGCUAGAUUAUGAGUAUUAGUAAAGCACAUAAUUAAUAAAAUAGCUGCAAAAGGCAGUUUUGUAUAUUUGCAGCUCCAAAUUGCAGCAAGAGUCUUAAGUCUUUUAAAUCCAAGAAUGCUCAAAGGCACACUCGUGUUCACCAUCCCAGCUAGUCUGAGAUGCCUUCAAGGGGAACAAAUACAAACCUUCAAUCAACAGGCUCUCAGCUUUAGAUGUUUUUUGAGUGUGUAUGCUGGUCAGAGUGUUGUGGAGAAACUCAAGGACCUCUGUGAGGCUGGCUUCGACCUCUUACAGCAGCUGUAGGUGAAGAUGAAGAGGUGGAGGUGGUCUGUGAGAGGGAGGAAGUGAAGGGCGAAGGUGUUUUGAAGAAUGCAGGAACAGAUCUUGUAAAAUACCACCCAUGGACCAAAGCAGUAGCAACAACAGUUGUGCUUGAGGAUGUUGGCUGUAUGUUAUUCAUGCCCACAGAUCACUUGGGCAACAGAGCAGUACACUCAUGAACUCACUCACUCAACAAUCUGUCAGAUUGGGUUGUUUUAGUCUAUCUUUUUAAUUUUCAAUGUUGAAGAUGAUGCGUUUGUUUGCUUCCUCCUUCACUGGCUUAUGUAAUUUCUCAGAGCGUAUUUAAUACUGUGUGGCUUAAUGUUUCAGAUAUGUUCAGGACAACCCUCUGUGCUUUGCCUUCGUCAUUCUCCAAGCGUACAAAAAAAAACAGCCAACGUCUAAGAUAGUGCUGCAAAUAAAUUAAUAUAAAUUAAAAUCUGCCACAUAUACACUGUCUUAUGCUUUCACUACAGUUACAUUGUAUGUUUAAACCGCUGAAUUAAAGAAAGCUUCAAAAGACGGGUGUAAUACA